CCCACAUCCCCCACAUUUCCCAUCGUCAUCAUCAUCCCUCUCCACACUCUCUCUUUAUAAACUCUCUCCCCUUAUUCUCUCUUCUCCAUCACCAUUUCCCAUCUUCCCAAAAACUUCCCUCUCUCUCUCUCUCUCUCUCUCUCUCUCUCUCAAAUACCCUUUUCUUUUCUAGACUGUUAAUUUGCAGGCUUUUUAGCGAUGGUUGAAGAAGUGCAAAAGAGCACCCAAGAAGCAGUAGUGGCCCAAGUAGAAGAAGUUGUGGUGGUCGCUGAUCAGCAGGCCGAGAAAGAUGGCAAUGUUAAUAAUGCAGAGAAAGAGAAAGAGAAAGAUCCAGCAGUUGUAGAAACUACCAAAGAGGAAGCUAUGGAAUUAGUUAAGCCUGUUGAGGACUCUGCUGCUGCUGCUGCUGCUGCUGCUCCCGCUCCUGCUGAGACUGAUGAGAUACCAAAACCACCCCCUGAAACCAAUGAGGAGGAGGAGAAGAUCCCUGAAUCCACUUCGUUCGAGGAGGAGAGCAACAGGGUUGCUGAUCUUCCUGACCCUCAAAAGAAAGCACUUGAUGAGCUUAAACUGCUCGUUCAAGAGGCUCUCAACAACCAUGAAUUCACUGCACCAUCUUCAUCAUCAUCCCCUCCUAAGGUCCACACCAAACCAGAAGCAGUGAAGGAGGAGGAGGAGGAGGAGGACCAGAAAAAAGAGCCAGCUGUAGAAGAAGAGAAGCCAACCGAAGAAGCAGCACCGGCACCAGCACCAGAAGAUAAGCCGGAGAAACCAGCUGUAGCAGAACCAGAACCAGAACCAGCAGAAAAAGAGAAAGAGAAAACUGUUGCUCAACCUGCUGCAGCCGAGGUCAUUGAAGAGAAGGACGUGGCUGCUGCUGAUAAUAAUUCUGCUGAUGAUGAUGGUGCAAAGACCGUGGAAGCCAUUGAAGAGACCAUUGUUGCUGUCUCUUCUACUUCUUCACAACUUCCACCACAGCAAUCAUCAUCUCCAACAAAACAACUACCAGAGGCAGAGGAGGAAACCAAGUCUGCUCCGGCACCCGAGACAGAAUCAAAAGAAGCCAAAGACCAGCCAUUGGCAGCGCAAUCUCCCGAAGAAGUCUCCAUCUGGGGAAUACCUCUCUUGGCAGAUGAGAGAAGCGAUGUCAUUCUCUUGAAGUUCCUCCGAGCCAGAGAUUUCAAGGUCAAAGAUGCAUUCGCCAUGAUCAAGAACACAGUUAGAUGGAGGAAACAAUUCGGAAUUGAUGAAUUGGUCGAGGAAGAGUUGGAGAAUGAUGGUCUUGAGAAGGUGGUGUUCAUGCAUGGAGUGGACAAGGAAGGACACCCUGUUUGCUACAAUGUCUAUGGGGAAUUUCAAAACAAAGGGCUUUACCAGAAAACAUUCUCGGAUGAGGGGAAGAGACAGAGAUUCCUGAGGUGGAGGAUUCGGUUCUUGGAAAAGAGUAUCAGGAAAUUGGAUUUCAAUCCCGGUGGUGUUUGCACAAUUGUUCAGGUUAAUGAUUUGAAGAACUCUCCUGGACCAGGGAAGUGGGAGCUCAGACAAGCUACCAAACAGGCACUUCAUUUGCUCCAAGACAAUUAUCCUGAAUUUGUAGCGAAACAGGUGUUCAUCAAUGUGCCAUGGUGGUACUUGGCGGUCAACAGGAUGAUAAGCCCAUUUCUGACGCAGAGGACAAAGAGCAAGUUUCUUUUUGCUGGUCCUUCAAAAUCUGCAGAGACCCUUUUAAGGUACAUAGCAGCAGAGCAAAUACCAGUCAAAUAUGGAGGACUGAGCAUAGAUGGUGAAUUUGGCACAUCUGAUGCUGUCACAGAGGUUACAGUAAGACCUGCAUCCAAACAUACAGUGGAAUUCCCAGUCACUGAGAAAUGUAUUCUCAACUGGGAAGUCAGAGUUGUUGGUUGGGAAGUGAACUAUGGAGCAGAGUUUGUGCCAAGUGCAGAAGAAAGCUACACAGUAAUAAUUCAAAAGGCUCGGAAGGUUGCCUCCAAUGCAGAACCAGUAGUUUCCAAUAGUUUCAAAGUUGGUGAAUCUGGAAAAGUGGUUCUCACCAUUCGAAACCCAACCUCCAAGAAGAAGAAGCUUCUCUACCGCUUGAAGACCAAAGACUCUGAUGAUAUUCCAAAACAGAAAUGCUGAGUUCCUUGCAGAGUGGAGAAGUUUUUUGGGAUUCAUUAUAAAUCUUAUAGAAACAAAUGUUAGCUUAUGUUAUAUAUAUUAUGCCUGAUUUUUUUUUUUUUUUUUUAAUGUUCAACUAAAAUCCCAUUUUGGUAUUCUUUUAUAUUGGGUUUAAGGAGUUUCUCUGUUUUCUACCUUAUUGUAAUAUGUUGUGGUCUUUUUGAGAUCUUAAUCUUUUGUAAAAAAACUUGAAUUCAUAUGGUUUUGCCUGCGAUCUGGUAUUGGUAUAUAUGUAUAUGAAUGAAAAAUUACAUUUGCUA